GUUUACAACGUAAAUCGGUGAUUUUGGUGUUUUAAAUCGUAUUCGCAUUUAAAAUUUGUUAGAAUCCUUUCAUUUAUUUACCAGUAAUGAGUGGCUGCAUUUCCAGUUACUGUUGUAGCGUCCCUACGUGUAAAUCUUGGGGACAACGACCUUCGUGUAAGGGUAUUAGUUUUCAUAAUUUUCCACAAGAGAAUGAACGAAAAGUACUGGUGAGAACCAGAUCAGGUUCGGAAGUAUAUAUGGACAGACGACAAGCUUGGAUCUAUAUUCUAAAAGUUAAGAAAACUUUGUCCAAGCAUAUGAAAGUUUGUUCGCUCCAUUUCACUAAAGAAGACUUUUUUAAAAAUCAUAAGCCUGGUAAGAGAUUUUUGAAACGAAAUGUUAUUCCGUCUCAAAAUCUACCUGGAAUAUUUGUAGGCCAAGAAGCUAGGGAUGAACAAAAUAUGACACCAACAAACAGUUUCAGAAAACGGAAAGAUAACCCUCCAACUCCUUACCAUCAUACAUAUGUUAUGAAAUUAUUUGAUCGAAGUGUAGAUUUGGCUCAGUUUGAAGAAGACACUCCCUUGUAUCCUAUAUGUAGGGCUUGGAUGAAGAACCAACCUAGAAACCCCCAGGCUGUUGUGAAACGUAGAGUAUCGUCUCCUGAACCAGAACAUCAGUCUUGGAAUGGAAAUUUUUCAGAUAUUAACAGAUUACCUCCUCCUUCUGAAGAAUUUCAAAAGAGAAUUCCAUCUCCUUUACCUUGUCAAGAACAAAAUAAGGAUGAUAUAAAUUUGGAUUAUAAUGAGGCACCACCAGUUCCGCAGUAUAUUCUCAUAAAAGAUCAUCUUCAACGAUGGGCUAAAGUAAGGAAACAUUGGAAUGAAACCGCUGCAAAAAAUGAAAGCCGCUAUGCUGUUAGUACUCAGAUUCUGAAAACUAUAUAUAAUAGAGCACGAGAAGAAAUGGAGAUUUGAGUAGUUAUAGCGGAGGAUCAAUUGAUUGUACUCCUUUGAAUUAAAGAAACACGAAUAUUUAUUUUUUCUGUUAUAGAAGAUUCAAACUUUUAUUUUAUAAUUCUCAGAAGUUAACAUUUAUAUUCUGUUUUUCCUCCUUUUGGAAUCUAUCGAUAUUUUUCGUUGAUGAAAAUGAUGUACAUCGAGGAAAUAAAAAUAUUCAGAACCUA